GGCGUUGCUGAAGGUUGAUCGCGGUGUGGUUCCUAACGCUAGAAGAUACAGGGCUCCGCAUAACAGCCAGCACGAGAGCCUUGUUCAUGAACAGUAAUAUACAUAGUUGCUGUGAAAAAAAUCUCACGCGUACUACAGUUGUAUAAACAUUUGAAAGUGUGUGUUAAAAAGCCCAUCGGACCCCCGCAACGCCGUCUCCUAUUUUGUUGCGUCUGCUUUGAAGAGGAAUUGAAUGAACAUGAACUGGCCGAUUAUGUGAAAGUUCGUAGAUGCUAGCCUGGUCGUGUUUCUGACCAGGAAAAAAGUACUAUUCUUCAUUUGUUAUGGUAAUAUUACCGGCAAAUAAUGAUGGAAGAUUUAUUUGGCUGCAUCUGUGAACGUGUAAUGUUACUGACUGUCGUCUGCUUUUUGCUCUCAUUCCGUGAUUUCGCCGAAUCAGCUGCUUGUAAAGGAUGUACAGACUCUCAACUUUGUGUUUGUCCAGGAGAAAAAGGUCUACCAGGUGUUCCUGGUUUACCAGGGUUACAAGGCUUAGAAGGUCAUCCAGGUGAAAUUGGACCAGAAGGACCUUUAGGUCCCCCUGGUAUCGGAGGUAAUGUUGGAGAACCUGGUGCUAUGGGCCCUAAGGGAAUCAGGGGUGAUCCUGGUGUACCUGGCUUUGAAGGAGCACCUGGAAUUCCAGGUCUUCCUGGAAAUGAAGGACCUUCUGGUGAACCUGGAUAUCCAGGGUGCAACGGAACUGACGGCAGGCCUGGUUUGCCUGGUAGAAUUGGAUUGCCUGGGCCUACAGGACCACCUGGUGCAGUUGGACCAUAUGGUGAAAAA